AUGGAAGCUCAUGAUGGAGAUUUCCAGCGCUUGUUUCUAUGGCCGCGUGAGUUUGUCCAGAAGAUGGCGACAUACUCCGCCCAGUGCCUGGGUGUCCUUGUCGACAAGUAUCGUGAUGGCCUGUCUAUUGUCACAGAUUUCUCGGGUGUUGGCAGUGUUGAGAUCGCAUGCUCAUUCAUCGAACAUGGGCUGAGAGACUCAGGCCAGUGUCAGGAAACUUUCUCGUCGUCUCAGUUCACUGGUCUACACUGCCAACGAGCAUCUGAUUCCAAUCCAGCUUGUCGCAAAAUCUUGAUGCUUGACGCUUGCAGUCAUGAAGGUGAAGGUGCCUCGGGCCAUGCCCCUGGCUGUGUCUUUGGGUCGCUAGAAGAAAGAAUCGCGCCUGAAAUUUUGCAGAAGCUUCACAGCCUACAAGCAACUUGUGUGGCCGGAGCCGAGUCUGAUCUUGAUGGUGUUGAGGAUGCAACCCUGCAGAAGAACCUCCAUCACAGAUGGGGCAGACAGUUCUUGAAGUUGGCUGUGGAGGCUUUGCAAGACUCGGGUGCUGAGCUUCCAGCCACUGUUUGGUGUCAUCGACAUCAGAGGGCCUGUCGAUUCCAUGUGAGGGACGAGCAGGCUGGUGCCACCCUCGCUGCCGGUGGACCUCCUUGCAUCGAUUGGUCUCAGAUAGGCUUGCGACUGGGGUGGCUUGGACGUGGGGCCAUCCCGUUUUUGCUGUGGGCACACGAACGAUGGCUUUGUCGUGAACGAAUCAUCCUGAUGGAAAAUGUGCCUGGCAUCGAUCAUGACAGCUUGAGUGUCGUCUUCCCAUGCUAUCACAUCACAGUCUUUACCGUGUCUCUUGCGCAGUUCGGUAUUCCAGCCAACAGGGAGAGGGUGUACAUCGUGAUGCUCUUGCAAGGGACUUCGUGGCUCUUGCAAGACCCUGAGGCUGUGUUUCGUGAGAUUUUCACAGAAGAGCACCUGUUAAGCAGUGCCUGCCAGUUCUUCUCAGCACCGCAGGACAUUGUCGACAGGAACCAUUCUUGGCAGGCUGUGACCCGAGGAUUGCCAGGCGUUUCUCCGACCGGCAGGGCGUGGCAGGCAAAGCAUGUCAUGUCCAUGACAGAGGUGAAGCGAGUCCGUGCGUGGGAAGAAAGGGUUCGUGGUGAUCUCCAACUCGGGCGAAACCAGAGAGCAGACGUGUAUAUGAAUGCAUCGCAGAGUGCUGAGCGCUGUGGGGUCAUGUACCGGCUGCCAACUCUUAUCACAAAUGCUCACAUCUGGAGCAUGCGCUUGCAGAGGCUGCUGUUAAUCCCAGAGAUGUGGGAAGUGCAAGGCUUUGCAAUGUUCGAGAAGGGCAUUCCUUCCAAGUACAUGUGCCCCUUCCGCAGCUGUGUGCUAGAUACCCUUGCUGCGCAGGAGUCAACGGAGCAGACUGAGGCGAAACGUACAUCUCGCCGUCGCAAGUUUCAGCAGGACUUGCAGCUCAACCAUCAGGACUUGCGAGUGAUGGUUGGAAACAGCAUGAGCCUGCAGUCUGUCGGGGCUAUACUCUUAUUCACCUUGGCAUUCGUGCGUUGA